AUGGCGGCCAUGACUUUCAUGGAGCCGCCUCCGCUCCCGCUCGUCACGAUCCCAAAUCCGUCGCUAGAACCUUCACCAGUCGUAUCCAAACGUCCUAACAAAGCUAUUUUGAAACUCCUCAAUACAAAGUGUACAAUUUCUCUUCAAAAUCUCAAACAAGCUCACGCCUUCAUUCUCAAAAACAAUCAAAUCAAAGACCAUUACGUCGCCGGAACAUUACUCAAAUGUUACGCAAUCCCAGAUUUCAAAACCUUCACUUCAUCCUUCAAAGUCUUCAAUCAAAUCGCCAACCCAAAUGUGUUCGUCUUCAAUGCUUUAAUCAAAGGUUGUUUACACAACAAUCGACAGAACAAGGCUUUAUCUUUGUAUCAAUCUAUGGUUUCUGUUGACGCGAAUAUGAAUAAGUUCACUUACCCUGAUUUGCUUAAAGCUUGUUCAGACUUGCAAGAUGUUAAAACAGGGAUGCAAAUUCAUGCCCAUGUAGUGAAACAUGGUCUUGGAGGAGAUAGGCAUAUAAAAAGUUCUGGGAUUCAUAUGUAUGCUUCGUUUGGGAAACCGAUUGAUGCAAGAAAUGUUCUUUAUUGCGGUGGGAAAUUGGAUAUUGUUUGUUUGAAUGCUAUGAUUGAUGGGUAUAUGAAAUGUGGUGAUGUUGAAGCAGCUAAGGAUUUGUUUAAUCAUACAGAGGAAAAGAAUGUUGAAACAUGGAAUGCGAUUAUCAGUGGUUUAGUGAAAUGUGGUAUGAUUGAAGAUGCACGGAAGAUGUUCGAUGAAAUGCCUGAAAGAGAUAUUGUUUCAUAUGGUGCAAUGAUUGAUGGUUAUAAUAAAGGAGAUGAAUGGAAAAAGGAAGCUAUGGAAAUCAAUCUCAUGAUGCAUAAACAAGAACAAUUCAAGAUGAAUGAGUAUGUUCUCUCUUGUUCUAUAAUUGCUUGUGCUAAUAUAGGAGCUCUUGAUUUUGGUAAACAGAUACAUACUUACAUUAAUACCAAUUCGAUACCGAUAAACGCCUUAAUAGGAAACUCAUUAAUCGAUAUGUACGCUCAAUGCGGACAGAUCGCUUUGGCUUUAUCUGUUUUCGAGAAUAUAGAAUCGAAAGUAUUAUCCAAUUGGAACGCCAUGAUUUCUGCAUUCGCCUUGCACGGCCAAGCGGAGGAUUCUGUUAGACUUUUUCGUAAAAUGCAGAGACGUAAAGUAAAUCCAAAUCAUGUAACCUUUGUCAAUAUGUUGAAUUCGUUCUUGAACGAGGGGAAAUCGAUUGAGAAGGGGGUGAAGUAUCUGAAAUACAUGAAGUCGAUUUAUGGAAUCGACCCUAUUGUAGAUCAUUAUGUUUGUGUGGUUAAUAUAUUGGGGAAGGCGGGGAUGAUAACCGAGGCUGAAGAAUUAAUCAACUCGAUGACGAUCAAACCGAAUGCUAAGGUUUGGGGAGCACUGUUGAAUUCUUGCUUGAUGCAUGAAAAUUUAGGUUUGGGGGAGAAGAUUGGGAAAAUGUUAGUUGAAAUGGAACCGGAAAAUGGAAGGUGGUAUGAAUUGUUGACGAAAAUAUACGCAAAGGGAGGAAAAUCGGAGGAAGUGGAGAAAUUGAGAGAAGUAAUGAAAGAACCGAUAAUCGGGAGAAGAAGCAGCAUGAUUUAUGUUAACGGAGAAGUGCAUGUUUUCGAGGCGGGCGAGGAAAACUCGCAUCCGAAAAUGAAGGAGAUUGAAGCGAAAAUGGGCGAGAUGGUUGAGAAAAUGAAACCGGAAAGUGUGUUUGAUUGUAGCGAAAAGCUUGCUAUUGCGUUAGGGCUGGUGGUAAUGACAAAUGGUGAUGAGAGGAUUCAUGUUGUUAAUAACAGACGAAUCUGCGAUGAUUCCCAUCUUGUUGUUAAGGCUAUUUCAAGAGUUUAUGAGCGCAAAAUUAUAGUUCGAGACGGAGUUUCCUAUCAUAAGUUUGUCAAUGGUAUUUGUUCUUGCAACGAUUUUUGGUAG